GGCGCACGCCCACGCAGCGCCCAGCUGCCGGCCGGAGCGUCCCGUCUCCUAGUAACCAGGCGCGAGCCCCCGACUCCCAGACGUCUUUCCGACCCGCUAGCCCACCUGGAUGUGACGCGCAUGCGCAGGCGUGUCUCGCCGCCCCGCCUUGGCUCAGCCUGGAGCACCUGCUGCUUCCCGGCUGUGCUUUUCUCUGCCAGUUGUCCCAGCGAUCCGGAAUGUUUUUGGGACCCGAGUUCGGUGAACCGAUUACCCCUCGGAGCUGCCGUCGGCGGGGCUUCUGCCGCAGCCUACCGCCCUGUUGGAAGAAGCCUUCAGGUAACUCAGUUUGCACAGCCGUCCUCUGAUGACCUUGAGGUACAAGCCUGUGCAUUUCAAAAGCAAGUUCGCGUUUGACAAAACAAUUCCUGUAAUCAAGUUGAAACUUUUCCACUACUUAGAGGAGUACCUCCAAACCAUCGUGUUACUUGUUCAGCUGUCCUGAUGGGAUUUUCACUUAGUAAAUCUGUCACGCAGGUGUCUGCUAUGCAUACUAACUCAAAAAUGGAUGACCACCUCAUGCCGGAGACUGAGAAAACCAAGUUGGAACCUGUGACUCAGUUAUUUCAAACCACCAAGAAAAUAAGGUUAAAGGACAGAAGCGAAGCAAACUUUACGAGGAUAGAAGGGACUGGCACGGGAUACAUUUCAGAGAAUGACUUAGGUCCAGUGGUAUAUGUUAAAGAAAGUGAUGGAAUAGAAAUGACAGAUGUGGAAUGAAGUAGUGUCUACCUAUUAACAAAGAAAGCAAACAUUGCUCUUUGAAAGAAGAGGGUACUGGAUGAGAACUGAACUUUAUUCAGAAACCCUAAGGAAAUGAGGGGAGAUUAUUUUUCACUCUUUAGGGAUCAUCUUAGACUGCACGUUUUGAUAAUGAAUAUUCAAAAGGCAGUUGCUCCAGGAAGAAAAAGCCUUCCAAACCGAUUUCUCUGGUAUUAUAUUCUAUCCUUAUUAAAAAUGAGAGUUUUUCAGUAACAAUAUUUGAAUGCCAUCAGAACAUUUUUUGUAUUUCUUCAGCAAGUUUUUUUUUUUAUGUGUGCAAGAAUUUGACAUCAGUAUUUCACAUGCUGUGUGGUGUAACAGUUUUGUAUGGUGUAGUUCCAGUUUGGAAUAUUGCUUAGGGUACUUUACCAUCCCACAUUUUACAUUUCCAUUCUGUAAAAGAUCACUACAAAUAAACUCUGCAAAAGACA